ACCGAUGGGUAGAGAUGGCUAAAUACGAGAUCUCUUAUGACAAAGAUUUUUGCCCCAGAAUAUUUAAGCAAGAUGGCGCGGUGAUCCCGGUCCGGAUCUCUCCUUACCUCUUACCCUCACCACCCAUCUCCAAUUACAAGCAAUGGCAACCGGCGAUAUCGGUCUCAUUGGUUUGGCCGUCAUGGGCCAAAACCUUAUUCUCAACAUGAACGACAAGGGAUUUAACGUCGUCGCGUAUAACCGUACCACCUCCAAGGUCGAUGCGUUCCUUGCUAAUGAAGCCAAGGGGACCAAGAUCCAGGGCGCGCACUCCAUCGCUGAGCUCAUCUCCAAGCUCAAGAAGCCCCGCAAGAUCAUCUUGCUCGUCAAGGCUGGCCCUGCCGUCGAUGACUUUAUCUCUCAAUUGAUCGCCGGCGGCCUGGAGCCUGGCGAUAUCGUCAUCGACGGUGGAAACUCCCACUACCCCGAUUCUAUCCGUCGCACGCAGGAGCUCGAGUCCAAGGGUUUCCUGUUCGUUGGAUCUGGUGUCUCUGGUGGUGAGGAGGGUGCCCGUUACGGUCCCUCUCUGAUGCCUGGUGGAUCUACGGCUGCAUGGCCCGCCAUCAAGGAGAUCUUCCAGAAGACCGCUGCUCAGGCUUACGGCGAGCCCUGCUGUGACUGGGUUGGCAUCGAGUACGGUGACAUGCAGCUGAUCGCUGAGGCCUACGACAUCCUCAAACGUGGUCUCGGUCUCAGCGAGGACGAGAUCGCCGACAUCUUCUUGAAGUGGAACAAGGGCGUUCUUGAUUCGUUCCUCAUCGACAUCACCGCCAACAUCCUCAAGUUCAAGGAUGAUGACGGUGAACCAGUCGUGGCGAAGAUCCUCGACAAAGCCGGGCAGAAGGGUACCGGCAAAUGGACUGCCAUUGCUGCCCUUGACGCAGGAACUCCCGUGACGCUUAUUGGUGAAGCCGUGUUCGCUCGGUGUCUUUCGGCCAUCAAGGAGGAGCGUGUCCGAGCCAGUAAAAUCAUGGACGGCCCGAAGAAGGAGCCUUUCCGCGGUGACAAGCAGCAGUUCAUUGACGAUCUGGAACAGGCGCUCUAUGCGUCGAAGAUCAUCUCGUACACUCAAGGCUUCAUGCUGAUGCGUGAAACCGCGAAGGAGCUCAACUGGAACCUGAACUACGCUGGGAUUGCCAAGAUGUGGCGUGGAGGAUGCAUCAUCAAGAGUGUUUUCCUGCGUGACAUCACCGCUGCCUAUGUCAAGACCCCCGAGCUUGAGUCGCUGCUCUUCGACGACUUCUUCGGGUCUGCCAUCCGCACCGCCCAGCCCGGCUGGCGUCGUGUUGUUGCCCAGGCUGUGCUGUGGGGUAUCCCGCACCCCGCUUUCAGCACUGCUCUUGCCUUCUUUGACGGCUACAGGAGCGAGGUUGUCCCUGCCAACCUGCUGCAGGCCCAGCGUGACUACUUCGGUGCUCACACUUUCCGUGUUCUGCCCGGGAAGGAGAACGACCGCUUCAAGUCUGGCGAAGACAUUCACGUCAACUGGACUGGCCGAGGAGGCAAUGUAUCUGCAUCAACUUAUCUCGCGUAGAUGCUUGGCUCAUCCCUCCAGACGAAAGUCGUUCCCUUUCUUUAGAUGGUGAUAGAAGAAGCAGUGAAACGACAAUCAAGUGUACGCCUAUCCAUGUCAAAACAAUCAAAUGAAAUGUUGUCCUACCUGUCACGUGUCUAUACCAUAUCGAUAAGAGUCUCAGAGUACAUCAUUCCGCGCUUGGACUUGACCAACACCAUCAUGUGUGGUAUUUUCUGCUGCGUUCGCAGCGCACGCUUCGACUCUCCCGACUUGAGCAACCUCUGUGACAGUUUGAAAGCGACCGACGCUGCUCGGGGGCCCGAUUCACAGAGCACAAAACGAGUGGUCACACUGGACCGCAGCGUUUUAAUCGAUCUGUUUGCCUCAGAGCUGCAUCUCCGGGGCUGCAGUCCAGUCCUUCAGCCUCAUGAGCAGGACGGGAACAUCUUGUGCUGGAACGGAGAAAUAUUCGACGGGAUGAAUGUAGCAUUGGAUGAGAACGACGGCACCCGAUUGUUUGAUUCGCUUCGGCAAUUGGAUACACUUCAGGCAGUCCAUGAUCUGUUUGCGACCAUUGAGGGCCCAUACGCAUUCGUGUUCUACUCUGCAGCCAAGCAGCGACUUUUCUUUGGCCGAGACCCACUCGGUCGGCGCUCGCUUCUCUUGCAUCGACCCGACGCAAAAAAUCCGUAUCUCCUGAUCUCGUCAGUUUCUCUGGGCCAGGAUCCGAGAACGCAUUUCGAGGAAGUCUCGACGGACCACCUUCACUGCAUUGAACUAGAUCGUUGGGACGAUGGCGUGGAGAAUUUCAUGAUUCGCCUGCGACGCACCGGAGGUUGUUAUAGCGAACUGGCGAAAAUUAACAGACAAUUGCCGCCAGACGAUCUGCCUAUUGGGACUGAUCAUGCGUUGUUGACACAGCCUGUAGACGAUUUGAUUAGCUUGCUGGACCAAAGUGUGCGGCUUCAGAUGCAGAACAUACCGGCGCAGACUAAACAAAGGUUUUUCAAGAUUGGCUGUCCUGUUCAGUGGAGGUAUCGACUGCACGAUUCUCGCAUUCUUGGCGCAUAGAUAUAUUCCUCUCGAUGAACCAAUAGAUCUCCUCAACGUCGCAUUCGAAAAUCCGCGCAAGAUCAAGUUCAGUGACAACCACCAAUCGUACAUGGUCCCAGAUAGAGUGACUGGCCUUGAAGAGGUCGAAGAACUGCGGAGACUUUGCCCUCGAACUUGGAAUUUUGUCGAGAUUGAUGUUCCGUAUGAGGAAUCCCAAGCGGCAAAGAGCGCUGUAGAGAACCUCAUGUUUCCGAGCCGAACUGUGAUGGAUUUGAGUCUGGCGUUAGCACUCUAUUUUGCCUCCAGGGGAGUCGGUCUUGUCCAAGAUGGGCCAGGAAUGGAAAGACACAAUUACACCUCCCCGGCGCGCGUGCUGUUGAACGGUCUAGGCUCUGACGAGCUGCUCGGUGGGUACGGACGGCAUCGCAGCGUUUAUGGAUCCGGUGGGUGGAGUGCACUGGUCGACGAGCUUCAGCUGGAGAUCGAUCGGAUACCACUGCGAAACUUGGGGCGGGAUGACCGAAUGAUAUCUUGUCAUGGAAAAGAGGCGCGACACCCUUUCUUGUCUCUGGAUGUGGUGGCUCGAGUGGCUGCGUUGCCGAUCCAUUUCAAGUUGGAUCCACGCUUGGAGCUGGGUGUUGGUGACAAGAUGCUUUUGAGGCUGACAGCUAAGAAGUUGGGAUUAUCCCAGGCCAGCAGUAGGAAAAAACGCGCUAUGCAAUUUGGCAGCCAUUCCGCCAAAAUGCACGGCGAGAGGCGCGGAGAAGCGGAGAUUUAGACGAGUGGUCGUUGCACUGGAUUAUUUAGAUAACUAAAGGGCUGGCCCAAGUUGUAGUUGUGAAUUGGUGCAUAUCAUUGCGGGGCAGUCAUGGUGGCUCGGUCUAGUCUCUUUGACGUUCCAGGAGGAUACCAGGCUGUCAUGUUUGACCGUUUCUCGGGAGUGCAAGAGCAGUCCAAGAAAGAGGGAACACACUUCCUGGUCCCUUGGCUCCAAAGAGCUAUCCUGUAUGACUGCCGAAUCAAACCACGCAAUAUCUCUACAACCACUGGCUCCAAGGAUCUACAGAUGGUGACCAUAACACUUCGGGUUCUUUCGCGACCAGACGACAAACACCUUUCCAAAAUCUAUCAAAGCCUGGGCUUGGAUUACGAUGAACGUGUGCUGCCGUCCAUUGGUAACGAAGUCUUGAAAGCUAUUGUGGCUCAAUUCGACGCUGCAGAGCUCAUUACUCAACGUGAAGUGGUAUCUUCGAGAAUUCGCGCUGACUUGUUGCAACGUGCGGGGGAGUUCAACAUAAAGCUCGAGGAUGUGUCCAUCACGCAUCUUACCUUUGGCAAGGAAUUCACGCAAGCUGUUGAGGCAAAACAGAUCGCACAACAAGAUGCUGAGCGUGCCAAAUUCGUGGUCGAAAAGGCAGAACAAGAGCGUCAGGCUGCUGUGAUCCGAGCUGAGGGUGAAGCUGAAGCUGCUGCCACCAUCUCGAAAGCUCUCGAAAGGGCAGGGGAAGCGUUUGUUACUUUCCGCAAAAUUGAAGCGAGCAAAGCAAUCGCCCAAUCCCUGUCGAGCAACCCGAAUGUUAGUUAUGUCCCUAGUAGUAGCGGUAAUGUACUGCUCCAAGUCCCAAGUAAAAAGUAGGACUCGGACGCGUAUCUAUCAUGAACUUGGCCUCUCAAAUCAUUUCGGAAUUUUUAGGAUGACGUUCUUUGUCACCUGAUUGUGACUAAUCACUCGUCACUAGCAAGCGCUGCUUUUGCACUCUGUCUCGACCACGCGCGCGUUGAAGGAUCUCGGUUUCGUCCUUUUUCCUCUCUCUCUCUCUCGUCUCCUCCUCUAUUUCCUUUAUCUGACGGACUCUAAUCCUCUGUCCUCUGUAUUGCUCCCUCUGGUCCUUUUCAUCAUUCUCUUUCCUCUUCUAUAAGUCAAACAUGAAUAUGAUGAGUGCGGCUGAAGCUCCGCGACGGGCUCACCUUUACGUCGGAAACCUCAGUCCUCGCGUCACUGAGUACAUGCUCACCGAGAUCUUCGCCGUCGCUGGACCUGUGCAACAUGUGAAAAUCAUCCCUGACCGCAACUACCAGCAUGGUGGUCUCAACUACGGUUUCGUCGAGUACAUGGACAUGCGUGCCGCAGAGACCGCCCUGCAGACCUUGAACGGGCGCAAAAUCUUCGAUACCGAAAUCCGCGUCAACUGGGCUUACCAGGGCCAACAGAACAAGGAGGACACUACCGGACAUUACCAUGUCUUCGUCGGUGAUCUGAGCCCGGAAGUUAACGACGAGGUGCUCGGUAAAGCGUUCAGCGCCUUUGGUACCAUGUCCGAUGCCCGAGUGAUGUGGGAUAUGAACUCUGGCAAGUCUCGUGGGUACGGAUUCCUCGCCUUCCGCGACAAGACCGACGCGGAGCAGGCCAUCGCGACGAUGAACGGGGAAUGGCUUGGGUCUCGCGCGAUUCGCGUGAACUGGGCAAAUCAGAAGACCCAAGGUGGUUUGCCGCAACCCGGCCUGCCGAGCAGCAUGGCUGGAGCGAUGUCGUCCCCUCGUCCCACCGGCGGAGUUUCGUCCCCCAUCAGCAUGGGCAGUGCCCCUGCCCCGAUGAACUUCCAGGGUGGACCUCUGUCUUACGAAUCUGUGCUGCAGCAGACACCAGCUUACAACUCUACCGUCUAUGUUGGCAACCUCGUCCCAUACUGCACCCAGGCUGAUCUCAUUCCGCUCUUCCAAUCCAUUGGUUAUCUCUCCGAGAUCCGGAUGCAAGCUGAUCGCGGUUUCGCCUUCGUCAAACUUGACACUCACGAGCAUGCCGCCAUGGCCAUCGUCCAGCUACAAGGCCAGAACGUUCAUGGCCGGCCUAUCAAGUGCAGCUGGGGCAAGGACCGGGCCGACGGUGCCGUUGCCCAACCGAUGAGUCCAACUACGGGCGCCACUCCCUACGGCAACAUGCCCAUGUAUACUUUGCCCUCCGCUGCCUCCUAUGGCCAGUAUAACUUCAGUGGGUACCCCGGUUUCGCCAACCAAGCUGGCGCCGGUGCGCCUGGGUCUCCUGGCAUGGGACAGCCUGGGGGUGGCGCGGCUUCUGGAUUGGGAGGUGCCGGUCCCGCUGGCGCCGAUCCCAAUGCUCUCGCAGCUCAAGCUGGCCAGGCUCAGUGGGGUGGCGACCCCAGCUCGUACUACUCCAACUACUGGAGUGGUUACUAUGGUCAGCAGGGCCAGGGUGCUGAGUCUCAGAUGCAAGGCGCUCCCUAAAUGUACUAAUAGAUACUGAACUCUGCUCCUCUCCUUACCAAGUGUAGCUCCAUCGUCACUGCAUCACUUUUCUUUCUCUACCUUGUGUACUGAGCCCUUGUGUACUGAGCACUUUCUGAUAUUCUUGCCCUUUCAUGCAUGUAUCUCCGAUUGAAACAAAGAAAAGCGAGACACCUAGGAUAUAUGUACAACACAGGGUAUGGAUGUUAGGCAAUAUCUGGCUCCUUCUCGUCCACGAUCAACCAUUCGGCGUCAGAUCCACGGCCUUCUCCGCUGGAGAUAUGGUCCCAUUCUUCGUCUCCGUCAGGAUCUCCCCCUCCCCGGCAUCCUCGUUUCCCGACAGUGACGAUUGUGAGACAGAGUCGAGCCCAUUCGUGGGAUCUCCAGAAUUACCGCGCCAAGUUAGGACUGAAUGUCGCGAACGCAUAUUUUCGUACGCCUGGUCAUUGGACUCGUUCAUGGCGUUCGCCUCUACUUGCUUCGCAUCCAACCAACGCUGAGAAGUUUCGCGUUAUCCUUCUGUAGAAUGGUGUUC